AGCUGGCUGUCGACGCGUCUCUACGGGGACGCAUGCUUUCCGUUCGUCUCGUUGUGUCAACCCUGGCUUUUCAACCCUAGCAUGGACGACGGCGGAGUUUCACUCUCGGGCGUCCCCUACAAUGACGCACUGAGAGCAGACAGAACGACCAUGAUCACGGAUGCCUUGAGGAAGCGAGUCAUGAUCAUGGACGGCGCCAUGGGCACGAUGAUUCAGCAGUUCGGCCUCGACGAGGCGGCGUACCGAGGUUCCGAGUUCGCCGACCACGAGAGGCCACUGCAAGGCAACAACGACCUGCUCAACCUGACCAAGCCCGAUGUCGUUAUGGAGAUACACAAGCGCUACCUGGAGGCCGGCGCUGACUUCGUGGAGACAAACACUUUCAGUUCCACAUCCGUGGCCCAAGCUGAUUACGGACUGAGCCACCUGGCCUACCGUCUGAACGUGGAGGGCGCCAGGCUAGCCCGGCAAGCCUGCCGACAGAUAGAAGCACAAACAGGCCUGCCGAGGUUCGUGUGCGGGGCGCUGGGACCGACCAACCGGACACUGUCGAUAUCUCCGUACGUCGAUAGACCGGAUGAGCGCAACGUAUCUUUCGACGAGCUGAGCGCUGCCUACAAGGAACAAGUGUGCGGUCUCGUUGACGGGGGCGUUGACGUGCUUCUCGUCGAGACUGUUUUUGACACGGCCAACGGCAAGGCAGCCUUGUUCGCGAUCCAAGAGUACUUCGAAGCAACUGGAAAAAGCCUCCCUGUGUUUAUUUCGGGGACUAUCGUCGACAAAAGUGGUCGAAAUUUGUCGGGCCAAACGUGCGAGGCAUUUGUGCUGAGUGUCAGCCACGUAAAGCCUUUGUGCGUCGGCCUCAAUUGUGCGCUUGGAGCCAAGGAGAUGCGUCCGUACUUGAAAAACAUGUCCGUUUUCACCGAAGCGUACGUUAUCUGCUACCCUAAUGCUGGCUUGCCUAACGAGUUCGGUGAAUAUGAUGAGACUCCUGAACACAUGGCAGACAGUAUCAAGGAGUUCGUCGAGAGCGGUUUGGUGAACGUGGUGGGCGGUUGCUGCGGCACGACGCCGGAACACGUUCGCGCCAUCGCGAAUGCCGUGAGGGGUCUGCGACCGAGGACACCACCGGUGGGCGUGAGGGGACGCUGCCUCAGUCUGUCCGGACUUGAAGCGGUGGUAAUCACAUCAGAAACGCUGUUUGUGAACAUCGGUGAGCGUUGCAACAUUGCCGGAUCUCGAAGGUUCGCCGAGCUGAUUCGCCAGGAUAAAUACCAGGACGCGCUUCAAGUCGCCAAGGAGCAAGUCGAGAUGGGGGCGCAGGUUCUGGACAUCAACGUCGACGAUGGCAUGAUUGACGGGGUGAAAGCGAUGACGAAGUUUCUCAACUUGAUCGCCAGCGAGCCUGCCGUCGCUAAGGUUCCUAUCUGCAUCGACUCGUCAAAUUUCGACGUGAUUCUGGCAGGGUUAAAGUGCAUUCAGGGAAAAGGCAUCGUCAACUCUAUCAGCCUUAAAGAAGGCAAGGACGAGUUUCUCAAGCAGGCGCUCGCGAUAAAAAAGUUUGGCGCCGCUGUGGUGGUCAUGGCUUUCGACGAAGUGGGUCAGGCCACAGAUGAGAACCGCAAGGUGGAGAUAUGCACAAGGUCGUACGAGAUCCUUGUUCAGGAUGCGGGAUUCGAGGCUAGCGAUGUGAUCUUUGAUCCUAACAUCCUGACUGUCGCCACGGGCAUGUCUGAGCAUGCCAAUUACGCAGUGGAUUACAUCAACGCCACUCGUCGAAUUAAAGCGACCCUGCCGGGUGCCCGAGUCAGCGGCGGAGUGUCGAACCUGUCGUUUGCAUUUCGCGGUCACGAUCGCAUCCGAGAGGCGAUGCACAGCGUUUUCCUCUUGCACGCAAUUGAGGCUGGUAUGGACAUGGGCAUCGUCAACGCCGGAUGUCUUCCUGUGUACGACAGCAUAGAGCCGCAACUUCUCGAGCUCUGCGAAGCAGUCGUCAUGAACACAGACCCAGACGCAACGGAGAAGCUUUUGGAAUACUCCAAGGGCUUAAGCAAAGAAGGCAAUCGCAAAGAGGCUGAAGACAGCUGGAGGAACGCUUCUGUUGAGGAGAGGCUGAAGACAGCUUUAAUCAAGGGUUUGGACUCUCACAUUGAAGAGGACGUUGAAGAAGCCCGCAAUAGAAAGGACACUUACCCGCUCACCCUCAAUAUCAUCGAGGGACCUUUAAUGACGGGUAUGAGCAUCGUCGGCGACCUGUUCGGCGAGGGCAAGAUGUUCCUGCCUCAAGUGAUCAAGUCCGCGAGGGUUAUGAAGAAAGCGGUCGCCUACCUGGUCCCUUUCAUGGAACGAGAGAAGGAGGAAGCGAGGAAGCUCCUGGGGAGCUCAUUGACAAACGAGGUGAGCCAUUCCGGUGUCGUGGUUCUGGCGACGGUCCGGGGUGACGUGCACGACAUCGGGAAGAACAUCGUGGCAGUUGUCUUGGGCUGCAAUAACUUCAGGGUUAUCGACCUCGGCGUCAUGGUCCCGUGCGAGAAGAUACUGGAUGUCGUUCGAGAAGAGAAUGCUGAUAUCCUUGGCCUGUCUGGCCUCAUAACGCCGUCACUGAACGAAAUGAUCCACGUGGCAACAGAGAUGGAGCGGCAAAAGUUGGCCAUCCCGCUGCUCAUAGGGGGCGCCACGACAUCGAAGCGCCACACCGCAGUGAAGAUAGCGCCACGUUACCGCCAGCCAGUGAUCUACGUUCCUGACGCUUCGAAAAGUGUGGUCGUGUGCACAUCUCUGCUGGACGCUAAAAGAAGGAAAACACUUGUCGAAGACAUCGACGAGGAAUACGAAGAAAUCAGGGAGGACUACAUGGACUCGCAAAGGGAAAGAAAGUACGUCUCCCUGGAAUACGCCAGGCAGAACAGACUUCGGCUGAACUGGAACACUGAUUUCAUCCCAAUAAAGCCACAGUUCUUGGGCACGAAGAUUUUCCACGACGUCGACGUUGAAGAGCUGGUGCCUUACAUAGACUGGAAACCGUUUUUCGAUGUGUGGCAGCUGAAAGGAAAAUACCCGAACCAGCGGUACCCGAAGAUUUUUGAAGACGAUGAUGUGGGCGAAGAAGCGAAGAGGUUGUUCGAUGAAGCGAAUCAGAUGCUUGCCGAAAUCGUCGAGCGCAAGAUGCUCCAAGUUCGUGGCGUUGUGGGUUUUUAUUCAGCGAACGGUGUCGACGACGACAUCGUUCUGUACGCAGACGACGGCUUUCCCAGGAGACAGAGCGUCGGCACUUUGUUUGGACUUCGACAGCAGGCUGCGAAGGGCAAGCCUUCUCCGUUCUACUGCCUAUCUGACUUUGUGGCGCCUCUGGAAAGCGACGUCCAAGACUACGUCGGUCUCUUCGCCGUGUCCGCAGGAUUCGGAUGUGAAGAAGCGUGCUCUAGUUUCCGAAAGAACCACGACGAUUUCAAGGUCAUAAUGAUAGAGGCCCUCGCUGACAGACUGGCAGAGGCGUUCGCUGAAAUGUUACACGUCGAAGUGAGGAAGGUUCACUGGGGCUACUCACCGCAAGAAACACUGGAACGAGCGGAGCUGCAUUCAGCCAGGUACAAGGGCAUCCGGCCGGCGCCCGGCUACCCUUGCCAACCGGACCACUCGGAAAAGCUGACGCUGUGGCGCCUGAUGAACGUCCGGGAGGCCGUGGGCAUCGAGCUCACCGACACGCUGGCCAUGCGUCCCGCCGCGUCCGUCUGCGGUAUCUACCUGGCACACCCGCAGGCCGUUUACUUCGCUGUCGGUCGCGUCACGAGCGAGCAGGUUGAAGACUACGCCAGAAGAAAAGGCACUACGUUCGAAGAAAUACGAAAGUGGUUGGGCCCCAUACUGGACACAGAUUGAGGCGUGAAUUACACCGCUGGAUUAUAGAAUCAACGGCUCUUUACGCAGCCGAGUCGUCCGUCGGCUAGAAGUCACGUGUGCGCCAAACUUCGAACAAUUGUCGACGACUAUUCAUCCUUACACUGAUUUCUUUCAUUUUUCCCUCACUCACUCAGUAUAACUUAUAGAUAGUUAUAGCUCACCGGGUUUACGGCCAACGGGCGAGCGGAGACGCCACUGCGCAUCUGCGAUACACUUAGCGGCCAGCGUGCUUACGGAACGGGCCGCUCGCUCCGCUAUCGCUCUGCUAGUUCCCUUUCCCCAGCGGAGCGCGCGCAGCGGACCAGCGUUCUUGCGAAAGAAGCAUGGUGACCACCCGCACGCACAGCGGUAUGUCGCCGGCGUCGUCUUCAAACGCGGCGUUGGAGCGCCUGCAGAAUAAAAAUCCUCGGAGGCGUUUCACCACUGAAGAGGACCUCUGUUUACUGCGAGAAGUUUCAGCAACGAGGCCGUUUGGCGACGGUUUGAAGUGGAUGACCGUGAUCGAGAACCUGAAGCGAGAGUUUGGCCGCGAGGGGACGCAAACUCCAACUUUGUUCGACAGGUGGCGCAGCAAAGCGCUCAGCUCUAAACUCAGCUCAACUGAGCGAGGGAUCGCUGAGCUAAAACUUUUAUUGUGGGGAGCUUCGCUGCCGUUUCCGGUCGCCCGCUCGUUCCGCUGACCCAAAACCCGCUGAGCUCUGCUUGCUCGCUCGCUCGCUCACUCACUCACUCACUCACUCACUCACUCACUCACUCACUCACUCACUCACUCACUCACUCACUCACUCACUCACUCACUCAC